AGUGAAGCUAGGUCACAUAAUAAAACCCUUUCAUAAACCCCAAACACAGCCAGCCACUCUCUCUCCGCUACCCAUUCCUCAAAGUUCAUUGAUUCAAUUUCUCAGUCAUCGAAUUUUAAGACCAAAGUAGUGCUGCUGCUGCUGCUACAAUGGCGGGGAUUGCACCUCCUUCACCUGUCAGUGACAACAAGAACGCCGAUGACAGUAAAAAACCAGUAGAUUACAUGAAUCUUCCGUGCCCUAUUCCUUAUGAAGAACUCCAUCGCGAAGCUCUCAUGUCUUUAAAGCCAGAGUUUUUUGAGGGGAUGCGUUUUGAUUUUACUAAAGGACUCAAUCAGAGAUUUUCUUUGAGUCACAGUGUAUUUAUGGGGCCUAUGGAACUUCCUUCUCAGUCUGCAGAAGUCAUCAAAAUCCCCACUGCUCAUUAUGAGUUUGGUGCCAACUUUAUAGACCCUAAGUUGAUGCUUUUCGGAAGGUUGAUGACGGAUGGGAGACUAAAUGCCAGAGUAAAGUGUGAUUUGACUGAUGAUCUUACUUUGAAGGCUAACGCUCAGCUUACAAGUGAGCCCCAUAUGUCUCAUGCCAUGUUCAACUUUGAUUAUAAGGGCAAAGAUUAUAGGACCCAGCUGCAAUUAGGAAAUGGUGCCUUGUUUGGAGCCAGUUACAUUCAGAGCGUGACCCCACAUAUGUCUAUGGGUGGUGAAGUAUUUUGGGCUGGUCAGCAUAGAAAAUCUGGUGUUGGAUAUGCUGCUCGGUACGAGAAUGAUAAGAUGGUUGGAACUGGGCAAGUUGCUAGCACUGGGAUGGUUGCUUUGAGCUAUGUUCAGAAGAUUUCUGAAAAGGUCUCAAUGGCGACAGACCUCAUGUACAACUACAUGUCCAGAGAUGUGACAGCUAGUGUUGGUUAUGAUUACAUCCUCAGACAAGCUCGAUUAAGAGGGAAAAUCGAUUCGAAUGGAUGCACAUCAGCUUUCUUGGAAGAGCGGUUGAAUAUGGGUCUCAAUUUUAUUCUGUCUGCAGAGUUGGAUCAUAAGAAGAAAGACUACAAAUUUGGAUUUGGAUUGACAGUUGGUUAAUUGAAUUGAAUUAGAAUUGGAAAUGGAAGACUUCAAUGGUUGCUGAACGAAUAUUUUGGUAUAAAGACUAAAGUCUAGUGGCAAGCAGCAAACUUGAAGUUUAUGUUUUGUACCCGUCUUUAGAUAAUAUUAUUUAUUUGUGGCCGCAAAACAGUACAAUUAGGCUUAUUUCAGUAGUCAUUUGCAUUGGCAAUGUUUAUUGGGGAGCAAAGCAAUCUAUUUUGACAGGAGAGGUUCGUACACUGUUUUAUUUACUUGAAAUUCAAUUAGAGAUAGGGAUGGGAGCCUUUGAUAAAUAAAGGUAUUUGAUUGCAGAGAAUGAGAUGACUGUAUGGAUAGCACAACUCAUGUGUUGUCAUUGUUACUAAUUUAAUAUUUUUUAAGAAAUCCCUUUGGCAACAGAAUUUGAGAAAUAAAAUGAGCCUUGAUAA